AUGAGCGCACCAGGAAACCGCAUCGACGUGGAUGAUCGUGAUCCUCAAGUACAGUAUUCCAGUGGCUGGAGGUUGGCCGGGCACGAUCGUGCAUACAAUGGCACCCUCCACUGGGCAACGGCGGGGGGAAUGUCGGCCACUUUGACGUUCACAGGGACCAUGGUUGGCGUCGUGGGCUGCAGCGGAAACACCGGCAUGUACGGAUGGCCGUCGGAGGCGUUCGUUAUCGACGGCGCGACGUAUGCCGUCAACGACGAGCCGAUUGCGUCACCAGAUGCCAUGGAGUACAACGUGACGUAUUUCACUUCCCCCACGCUCGCGCCCGGCGUACACACUCUCGUGGUCACGAACUUGAACGGGACGUCGCCCACUUCGUUAUGGCUGGAUCGGUUUUGGUACAUCUCUUCAGACCCUGCUACCGGGACGCCGUCUGAUGGGUCGACAAUGACCUUGCCAGUGGCAUCUGCACCUUCGGGGAGCUCAUCAGCUGGGGGUGGGGCCUCCACGUCUGACAAUCGGCAAAACACCGCAGCGAUUAUAGGCGGGACGGUGGGCGCGGCGAUAGGACUCCUGCUCCUUGCAACGCUGGGCAUCUUCUACUUCAUCAAACGCAAGUUCACUCGGGCACAACGAGUGUCUAAAAUAGACGGCAUAGGCAGUGGCCCGAUGAGCCCGAUAUCUCUCGGACACAGGUCAUCAUAUCUGCCAAUGCAGGAAGCACCUCCAGUUCCUAUCACGGCCGCUGUACCGUUCCGGAUCAAGGAAGAAACGGUCUCUCCACCCGGAUCUGCCGCCGCGCCCGCACCUUCGCUCGCUCUGGCACAACAGCAACAGUCUAUUCCGCCGCCCAUGCCUCGAGUCCCCGCUUCGGAGACGCCACAGACGUCCAUGGCCAGGGUGUCUUUAGUGAGAUCCGGCUCACAAGCCACACCCGUAUCCACGUCGGAUCAUCAGGCGCUCUCGACGUCCAACUAUGCGCUUCUGUCGCGCGAGAUCGACGAUUCCGAAGGGACGGGACCUCCACCGUACUGUGCUCGGUGA